GAGAAUCAGUUCACUCAGCGACUUUAACGUGUCGAGAACGGCGUACAGAAACGCAUCUCUCUCUAUAUAUAUAUUUACAUCUACACACUCACACACACACACACCCAUACAUACACUUAUACACGCACAUCGAAUAGUAUAUCGAGUAACGAGAACGAGAUACAAUUACAACACACAUUGAUUAAAACGAGAUUUUGCGCGACGUGAAAAAUCCGUGUAACAUAAACCCAAUACCACUACAUGUAUCUAUCAAAAUUGUAGAAUUUUUUGCAAGUGUUGCCACAAGUGUGUGCAAAGCGUGGCACGGCAUUGCCAGCUCGCACAACAAAACCCCAGAAAAGCAAAACAAAGAAUUAAAGUGAUAAGUGACGACGAAGAAGGAUUAUACACCGAUAACACCGAUAAUUGAAAUAUUGGAUAGUCUAAGCGGUUGCAAAAAUGCAUUUGCCUGCCGGACCCACUAUGGUGGUUACCAAUACCACAACAGCAACAACAACACAAGCAACAGCAGCAGCAGCAGCGGCAGCAGCAGCGGUUGCCAAUACGCAGGUUCUACAGGCUGCUGCAGCAGCUGCAGCGGCUGUGGCAGCAGCCAAUGUAUCAUCCGCCUCCACAACGGCCAGCAGUACGGGUAGCUCAACACCGGAUAAUAUUAACAACAGCAGCAACAACAACAACAACAACAACAACAACAACAGUCAUAGCAACAACAACAACAGUAGUAAUAACAACAACAACAACACAAACUCCUCCUCCACAUCAUCAUCAUCCGCCUCAUCAUCGUCCGCAUCAUCGUCAUCAGCCAAAAUGCCCAGCUCAAUGACCGAUAUGUUUGCCAGCCUACACGAGAUGCUCCAAGAAUAUCACGGAGAAUUGGCCCAAACGGGCUCACCAUCCAUCCUGUGCAGCGCCUUGCCCAACCAUUGGCGCUCAAAUAAAUCCCUGCCGGGUGCCUUCAAGGUGAUUGCAUUGGACGAUGUGCCCGAUGGCACCCUCGUGUCCAUUAAAUGCGGCAACGAUGAGAACUAUUGCGGCGAGUUGAGGAACUGCACGACAACAAUGAAGAAUCAAGUGGCCAAAUUCAAUGAUCUGCGCUUCGUCGGACGUUCGGGACGAGGCAAAUCCUUCACACUGACCAUCACAAUUGCCACAUAUCCGGUGCAAAUAGCCAGCUACAGCAAGGCCAUUAAGGUCACGGUCGAUGGGCCACGGGAGCCAAGAAGUAAGCAAAGCUAUGGCUAUCCACAUCCCGGAGCCUUUAAUCCCUUCAUGCUCAAUCCCGCCUGGCUAGAUGCAGCCUACAUGACGUACGGCUAUGCGGAUUACUUCCGCCAUCAGGCAGCCGCUGCUGCUGUCCAUCAUCCGGCUUUGGCGAAAACAUCGCCUGGCGGUGGUGCCCCGCCACCAAGCGGAGGCGGUGGUGCAGCACCAACACCACCAGACUAUCAUCAUGUAUCGCAACUGACGCCACCACCAGCCGGAGCACCAUCCAACCAACCAGCAACUGGCUCGGCCACGGCUUUGGCCAGCACACCGCAGCAACCUCAGCACCACCAUCCGGCGGCGUCCAGUGGCAUGAUGCCAUCGCCACCGCCUGGUGCCGCUGCCGUUCCUGUGCCCGCCACUGCCGCCGCUGCCGCUGCUGCUGCCAUGGCCAUGCCACAGUUCCCCUUCAAUCAUGUGGCCGCCGCUGCUGCAGCAGCUGCUGCUGCCUCGGCCCAGCAACAGAAAUCGACGCCUCAUGCCUUCCAUCCAUACAAUUUUGCCGCCGCUGCCGGUCUGCGGGCGCGAAAUGCCGCCGCGGCUGCUCUCCAUCAGCAACACCAGCAGCAGACGAGUCCAGUCUCAUCGCGUCCCUCGUCCUCAUCGCCGACGCAACUGCCACACCAUCAGCAUCAUUCGCAUCAUCCGCAUCAUCAUUCGCAUUCGCAUUCGCAUCAUCAUCAUCAUCAUCACCAUCAACAAGUCCUGCUCAAGUUGAAUACAUCGAUUGAGACAAGCUCCAUACACGAGCAAUCCGCCUCGGAUGCCGAUUCGGAUGAUGAGCAAAUCGAUGUGGUCAAAUCGGAAUACGAUCUGGACAAGUCCAUCGAUUCGACACGCAGUUCGCCCACCCAACAAAUCUCCAUGCCGUUGCGUAUGCGUUGCGAUUUGAAGGCUCCAUCGUCCCUGAAGCCCCUGCUCCAUGAAUCCACAUCGACAUCGCCCACAGCUGGCCUCCUUCAAACGUCACCAGAGACCACCAGCCUAACGACGGCGGCCACCAAGCUCAAGAGUGCCGCUGUCCAGCAGAAGACCGUAUGGAGGCCUUAUUAGAUACCCUUCCCCACACACCCCUCCCUCCACACAAACUCAAAUGGAAUUUUCUUCAAAUUUUUUUUUUUUUUUUUUUUUUUGGGCGCAGAGCGAAAAGUAAUAUUGUGAUAUAGUCAUAUAAGUUUAACUAGAAACGAUGCCUCCGGCCGGCAAACGGAGGAGAUAUCUCUAUCUAGGUGCUAAACGGGCUCCCUUGAUGUUUUAUGCUCGAUUCAUAAAAUCCUGCGCUGAGUUUCGUCCCUCACCCACACACACACACACACACACACACACACACAAAUGCCACACAGAUGAUUUCACCUGAUCGCCAUUGCGAUCGAUCCUUGCGAAAACCAUCAAUGUCUGGUUGUCCACACACACAAAAAGGAAAAAAAAAACCAAACAAAACACACACAUUUCACUUUUAAUUUUUUUUUUUUCAUCCUUUACCCUUUUAUCAUUUUACUUCAUCGAUUAUUCAUUUCCAUUUGCAAUUAUUUUUA